AUGCCAGACCGGAUAUCGCGACUGAAGGCAAAAUUGCUUGGUCGAUUAUCUCCAAAAGCGGAUACGGACCCGAGUGCCCACCCAACCUCCAACAAAUCCCCGGCUUAUAGCAUCGUCUCUGCGACUCCGGAUCUAGCUACAGACGCAGAACAAAACGAACAGGAACCGGUUUCCUCGGCAUCUGUGUCGGAACAACUUCAUCGCGAGCGCACCCGUGACUGUACACCCUCGUGGACCGAGCCGUAUAACUCUUCCCUACCAACACCUUUAUCGGGCGACCCUCCAUCUCCCCUUGCAACCCCUCCGCUGCCCACGCAGCAUUCCGAUAACACCUCCUUCCAAUCCAAUCUGAAAACAGCUGCCCCAUCCGAGCCCCAAUUGACCCCAACGCUCAACACCGUGAUCGAGUGGCCGAACGAUCGUCAACCGUCGGCUCCCUACUUUACGCCCUCAUCGAGCAAACGCCCCAGCCUUGCGGUCCGUCGGCAAUCUCUUCUCCCCGCAACACACCAACACUUGAUAAGUGGCCUAUUGGACGCGAGCCUGUUCGCAAGAGGUGACGACGGCAGCGGCCCAAUUCCCACCGUUCCUCGCGAGAUGGUACAACGUCGGAUCUGGGUCAAGCGACCCGGUGGAUCAGCCACCUUGGUGCCAUGCAUGGAGGACGCGGUCGUCGAUGAACUGCGCGACCAGGUGAUCAUGAAAUACGUCAACUCGUUGGGCAGAACUUUCGACUCGCCCGACAUCGUGAUCAGGAUUGCGCCACGAGAGGGUUCUAAUCGACAAGCCCACCCGGAACGUCUCUUGAGCCCGGAGGAAAUUCUGGCGUCCAUCCUGGACUCGUACUAUCCAGGUGGACAGAGAAUCGAGGAGGCAUUGAUGAUUGAUGCGCCGAGCCGCCGAACCCCGAAGCCUUCGCCACGCCAUGCAGUAUAUUCACACCACCAAUCUGAACCUGGCGAGCAUGGCGAUUAUUUCCCUCUAAUGCCGCCAAACCCCAAUGCGGGAACACCGUCUUCACACCCGGCGAUUGCGCCGGCAACUGUGGGCGCGCCUUCGAUCUCAAUUCUAAGUACUGGCUCUGCGCCGCAGUUGCCAUCUCCAGGAAACCGCAGGAGUCGACACCAUCAGCGGCCUCCGCUGACCAGACACAAGACCAACUCUCCCACAGUUCAUUCACAGAGUACUGGUUUGAUAGAAACUUCCCAUUCCCAACCUCUCUCUACAGCCGCCGUUCCAGCAGUACCUACACCUCCGGCGCCGCCGGUGGUCGAGUCCCCUCAGGCCAAAACAAAAACACACACCCCUCCAGCGGUUUCCUCCCCUCGAUCCACCCGAAAAUCAAAAGCCGCCAUCUCUCCCUCUGCGGUGUUCGGUGGUUUGAUUGAUGGCACGGUGCCCCCAAUCAAUGUUCUCAUUGUGGAGGAUAACAUCAUCAAUCAAAAGCUUUUGGAGGCGUUCAUGAAGAGACUUAAAGUUCGUUGGAAAUGUGCGGCGAACGGCGAAGAGGCAGUGCGUAAAUGGAGGCAGGGUGGAUUCCAUCUGGUCCUGAUGGAUAUCCAACUGCCUGUUAUGAACGGACUGGACGCAACGAAAGAGAUUCGACGUCUAGAGCGAUUGAAUGGUAUCGGUGUUUUCCCCAAGACAGCCUCUGGACUUUUCAGUGCGUCCAAUGCGUCUGCGGCGGAUAGAAGACCUGGCCUUCAUCGUACCGUUAGCAUAGAGGAUACUCUGCCCGAUCUCUCAUUAUUCCGCAGUCCGGUCAUCAUCGUCGCUCUGACGGCUAGCAGUUUACAAAGUGAUCGUCACGAGGCAUUGGCAGCUGGCUGUAACGAUUUCUUAACCAAGCCCGUUGGAUUCCCCUGGUUAGAACAGAAAGUAACAGAAUGGGGCUGCAUGCAAGCCCUAAUCGAUUUCGAAGGCUGGCGCAAAUGGCGUGGAUUCCAAGACUCCCCCGCGCCCUCAUCUCCAGCCAUAGACUCAGCGGCCAGUCCAAUGCAAGGGGGUCACUUGAAAGAAAUUCCACAAGAAGACCCUCCCUCGCCUUCCAGCUCUCGCGCGCAAAAGCCAGACGGCAGCUCGGCUAGACCUCGCUUGGUUGAUGACGCUGUGUUACAGGAAGAUUCAUGGGGAAGCGGCAGUCCCGAUAGCUUGGAUUCACCGGCGAGUCCGCAGCUAGACACACCGACCGAUGCUACGCCGAGCGAUACCAGAGAUGGUCCCGAAUGA